AUGGAAAGAGCGAAAACCAUCAGGUUUGAUGCUCAACAACUUCCGACUAUAGCAAAUAGUUUUACCAACUUGUUAGGUUCGGGAGGUAGAAGUUCCGUUAAUCUGGAAUUUCACAUGUUCCUAAAUGAUAUGGAUAGAGAGGAACCCAUCAGAUUUGAUGCUCAACAACUUCAGACUGCAACACAUAAUUUUACCAACUUGUUAGGUUCGGGAGGUUUUGGUGCAGUUUAUAAAGGGAUAUUUGGCAAUGGAGUCCUUGUCGCUGUGAAGGUUCUAAAUGGGAGCUCGGACAAGAGAAUUGAGGAACAACUCAAGGCGGAAGUUAUAACUGUUGGAAGAGUUCAUCGUGUCAAUCUGGUCUGUCUUUAUGGUUACUGCUUUGAGAGAAUCCUCAGAGCACUGGUUUAUGAGUAUAUGGAAAAUGGUUCGCUUGACAAGCUCUUAUUCAAUAGCAAUGAGGCUUUAAUAUUUGAAAAGCUUCAUGAAAUUUCGGUUGGGAUAGCCAUAGGCAUUGCGUACUUGCAUGAAGAAUGCCAACAACGCAUAAUCCAUUAUAAUAUAAAGCCUGGAAAUGUUCUUUUGGAUCAAAAUUUCCUUCCUAAAGUUGCCGAUUUUGGUUUGGCACCGGAACUUUGGCUACAAUUUUCUGUAACACCCAAAUGUGACGUCUACAGCUUUGGGAUGCUAUUGUUUGAGAUCAUUGGUAGGAGAAAGAACCAUGACAUCAAUCUUCCUGAUAGCCAAGAGUGGUUCCCAGGUUUGGUGUGGAAGAAGUUUGAAUCCAAAGAGCUAGGAGAGUUAAUGGUAGCUUGUGGGAUAGACGAAAAAGAUAAAGAGAUAGCAGAGAGAAUGGUAAACGUAGCUCUGUGGUGUACUCAGUAUAGGCCUGAGUCGAGGCCUUCAAUGAGCGUUGUGGUAAAAAUGUUGGAAGGAGAUAUUGAGAUUCCCAGACCUACAACUAACCCUUUUCAGCACUUUGAUUCCAGGCAUCUCAUACCCUAA